AUGAUUUCUGCGAGAAAGGUGGCAGAAAAAUAUCCGUUGCAUUAUUUGGUUUGGCAUAAUAAAUACAAGGAUCUGGAAAAGGAACUUAGCACCAAGCAGAUUGACAUCGAACAACUUGACCCAAGAGGUCGGACUUCACUGCACCUUGCUGUUACACUUGGAUAUCUGGAAUGUACAAGAGUAUUACUAAAACAUGGCGCUGAUGUUAGUAAGGAGAACCGGACUGGAUGGACAGCUCUCCAAGAGGCUAUAAGUACAGGGAACCUGGAGCUGGUGCAACUUGUCCUUCGAUAUCGCGAUUACCAAAGAUCUAUUAAACGACUGUCAGGGAUCCCUUGUCUAUUAGAGAAACUCCGUCAGGCACAGGACUUUUAUGUCGAAAUGAAAUGGGAGUUUACAAGCUGGGUUCCCCUGGUCUCCAAGAUCUGCCCUAGCGACACCUACAGGGUUUGGAAAAGUGGGCAGAAUCUCCGGGUCGACACGACACUGCUCGGCUUUGAUCACAUGACCUGGCAGCGAGGGAACCGCAGCUUUGUCUUCAGAGGGCAAGACAACUGCGCAGUUGUAAUGGAGAUUGACCAUGAUCGACAGAUGGUUUACUCAGAAACGCUGUCGCUGGCUAAUUAUGACCGGGACAUGCUGCUGGCUGCCGUGCAGCCCUCAGAGGAACAGGUGGCAAGCCGUCUCACCACCCCCAUCGUCACCACCCAACUAGAUACCAAGAACAUCUCUUUCGAAAGAAAUAAAUCUGGAAUCCUGGGUUGGAGAAGUGAGAAGACUGAGAUAAUAAAUGGAUAUGAGUCCAAGGUUUAUGGAGCUUCCAACGUGGAACUAGUUACUCGGACAAGAACGGAGCACCUGUCAGACCAGAACAAGAGUAAAAGCAAGGGCAGUAAAACACCUCUCCAGUCUUUCCUGGGAAUUGCAGAACAACAUGUUGGACCACACAAUGGGGCAUUCAUUACUCAGACAUUCAGCAAUACCAAUCCAACAUCCAUUACUCCGGAGGAGUACUUCAACUCGAGCUUUGACCUGGGAAGUCGCGAUAUUGGACGUUCCAUGGAGCUCACCACAAAAACACAGAAGUUCAAAGCAAAACUCUGGCUAUGUGAGGAUCACCCACUUUCCCUCUCUGAGCAGGUAGCUCCCAUCAUCGACCUUAUGGCAAUAAGCAAUGCACUUUUUGCUAAACUUAGGGACUUUAUCACUCUUCGGCUCCCUCCAGGAUUUCCAGUCAAAAUAGAAAUUCCAAUUUUUCACAUUUUGAAUGCUCGUAUCACCUUCGGGAAUCUGAAUGGAAGCGAUGAACCUGUGACCUCCAUCAGGAACAGUCCAACCAGUGAGGCUCCGUCUCCCAGCAGUGACACGUCCAGUGUGAGCAGCUCCAGCUCCAUGACUUCAUGUCGUGGCUGUGACAUGGACCCAGCGCUCUUUGAAGUACCCAGAGGCUAUACUGUGGUUGGCAGUAACCGGGAUUCUCUGAGGGAGGAAGAUGACGACCUUUUGCAAUUCGCUAUUCAACAGAGUCUGCUGGAAGCAGGCACCGAGUAUGAUCAGGUGACCAUCUGGGAAGCACUGACCAACAGCAAGCCAGGAACACGCCCGAUGACUUGUGAGGAUAGAAAAGGAGAAAGAACACCUCAACACAAUAUUCUCAGUCAGCCCAGCACCCAGCACAUACCCAGCAACCAACUGUACCCCAACUAUGAUGAGCAGCUGCGACUGGCUAUGGAACUCUCUACAAAGGAGCAAGAAGAAGUAGAGAAACGUAAACGGCAGGAGGAGGAAGAACUGGAACGCAUUAUUCAACUUUCACUCACCGAGAAAUAGUGUCACCACCCGAUUGUUCUUUCACAACAGAAUUUUUUUAAAGAUUAAAAAAAUUAAAAAUAAAAGACAAUAUGUAAGGUCACCAGUCCAUGCAUUGCUAUUGGGCACAAAAGAGUGUCAACAGUAAAGCAAAAUGCAAGGCUGGUUGUGCAUUGAAAGCGCACCAUUGAAAAAUGCCUGAACAGCCCACACUUUAUUCUACUGUCUUUCACAUCAUUCUUUGUACUUGGUUCAAGGGUAAUCAUAACCAGAGAUUCAUUUGUUUCCAAUAUUGAUUAUUUCAGCUAAUGGCUACAUUUUAUAUCAGUGAGAAAAAAAUGCUAAUCGGUUGUUGGCUAUCUGAAUUGGCAACUGGCUAUUACAGGCAACUGGUCUUUUGAGUUGGAACAUUGUUCUUUAACCUUUAGGGUUUAGAACUGAACUGAGUUCAUGCAAAACGCUUUAAGGAAUCUCCCCUGCCCCAUCUCACUUGUUAUUAUAAAGGUCUCUAAUAAAACAAUAGAUAGUCUAAUUCCACUCCAGUAGCUAUGAGGCACCACAUAAAACUUUAUAUCACAACUUUUAAUGAGGAAACUUAAAGAUCUAAUGAUCACAGUGGUGCAGUAGAGGAAGAGACUACUGUGGUUAGAAUCCAUGUUCAUUAUCAGGACAGUAUAGAUUCUGUGUACUAUGCAUCAUACUGGGAAACCUGAUUGAUGACAGCUCUAUGCAACUGUUCAUUAUAAAGUGGACCAAUUUAUACUGACAUGACAGCAUUGAGCUCAAGGUCCUAUGUAGACAACUGGACCAAUGCACAUUUCAAAAACUAAAUUUAAAGCAGAUGGAAGAGGAAUGUUCACUUCUUAUCACAUCAUGUUAGCCAAGCCUUGAAU